AUGAUCGGGCAGGCAAAUGAAAUUUUGCAUCGGAAGCAGCUUCUUGUAAUCGUAAAAUUUUAUCGGAAUCGGGAAAGCAGUACUCUCGAAAUUCGAUUUUCUUGGAACGCAUGGGCAAAAGAUGUUGAUGGCCUAAACAACAAAGGCAAGAAAGUCUUGGAAGGAGAGGUAGUUGAGAAUGCAAAAGUAGAUGGAGAAGGAGUUGGCAGAAAAGGCAUUAGAUUCAUCAUGAAAGGAAAAGGGAAACAAGUUAUGAAUGAUCCCGAAGAUGAUAAAAGGAUUCCAACAUUGUCCCUUCAACAUGGUGCAGAUAUGGAAUAUGCUUGGUCCAACACUUCAAUGUAUCCAAUUGAGAAGGAAAAGGAGAAGGUAUAUCUGAAAUGUUUAGUAAAUAAUAUCUAAUUUUGGGUCUAAUCAUUUAUUUUUGUAUUGCAGGUUGAGUUAUUUGAGGCAAAAGCUUGUCUUGAACACAAAAUUGCAAAAAAAGGAGGCUAAGCUCGAGCAUAUUGAGUUGAGAAUUGCCAAAUCCGAGGCACAUCGUCAGCGGAUCAAGAAUCGUAUUGCUGAGCUGAAGUAGUGUCGCACAGAUUUAGAAUGACAUUUUUUUCAAGUAGUCAUUUGUAGCUAGACUGUAGCAUGGUUUUAAGAAUAGUUUCAGUAUAGUAGUAGUUUCGUUUGGUGAUAAAUUGGUUGUUUUCUUCUGUUGAUGAUUUGAUACCUAGUUUUCUAAGGGGUAUCGUACUGCAUGUCAGUUUUUAGAAAAGUGGGAGCUGUAAAUACAAGGCCUUUGCGGAUUG